AAACAUCCGCAGCUUCCGGUUGUCAAGAAGUGUCAACAUCCCUGUACAAAGUGCAUAUUUUGUUUAUUAACUGAAGGUAAAUGAAAAUUUUCUUUUUUUUAAACAUUUAUCUUCGAAACAAAAAAUAUGGUGUACACCGAGGCAUACAUUAAAGAGAAACUGGCGAAGGAGUUGGACGCCGUUCACGUUGAAGUAACAGACGAGAGCGACGGCUGCGGCGCCAAAUUUUCAGCUGUAAUCGUCACUGACAAGUUCCAAGGGAAGCCCCUUCUUGCGCGUCAUAGGCUGGUUAACUCAGUGCUGCAAGAGGAGUUGAAGUCGAUACACGCGUUCACGCAGAAGACGCUAACCGUGGAACAGUGGAAACAACAGUCGUAAAAACUAUUUAUUUAUUACAAUAGCAUGAUAUAAACUCUGUGGUUUUAAUUUAACCUUCUUUAAACCUGAUCACGUGACUUGCGAGUGUAAAAAAAUCUUGUGAUAGAAAAAAUGGAGGGAAUUGAAGUAUCGUCCCCCGGGAAAAUAAUUCUACAUGGUGAACACUCGGUGAUGUAUGGCAAGACUGCUUUAGCGGUCAGUUUGGGAUUAAGAUCUACUGUUGUACUCAAGGAACUACCGGCAACAGAGAAUCCUAAAAUGCAUGUAAAAUUCCCAAAUGUACAACUAAACGAGAUAUUGCCGUUAAAACCAAUCGCCGAGCAUUUGUUCCCGGGCCAACCUGUUAGGGUGGACCACGAUGUUUAUAUGAAUAAAAUCAAUAACUUAUUAAACGAGAUACGUCCCGGUUUCGAGGAACUUCAUAAUACACAGAAGAAUUCAUUGAGAGCACUUUUGUACUCUUUGGCGGGUAUUUAUGGUACAGCGAAUUUGGAUGUGAUGGAUUUUUCGUUAGAAAUGAAUACGGAGUUGACUGUUGGCGCUGGCACGGGAAGCUCCGCGUCAUUUGCGACUUGUCUUUGCGGUGUGUUUGUGAAACUGGUGCAAAUGAAGACCAUUGGCAAGGUUCUUGAAUUUAAUGAAGAUGAGAAGAAGUUGGUGUCCGGUUGGGCGUAUAAGUGCGAGAGGAUCACGCAUGGCACGCCCUCUGGCGUGGACAACACGACGUGUACUUUUGGUGCGCUGGUAUCGUUCAGAAAGGGCGAAGUUCCCACGCUGUGUGCGAGCCCCGAGCUGCGCGUGUUGCUCGUGGACUCCGGCGUGGCGCGCGAGACCAGCCGCCUGAUCGAGGCUGUGGCAGCGCUCCGGGUAACCAACACUAACGCUGUCGACCACAUUAUGGAUGCUAUGGAUAAUGUAGCUAUUAGUGCAGCUCAGCUGCUGAACAACUUAUCACAAACGGAAUCUCAAGAAGAGGUCGUCUCCAUCUAUAAACAUUUAAAUGAGCUAUGGGAGAUGAACCACUGCCUGCUGGCGUCGCUGGGCGUGUCUCAUCCCGCGCUGGAGGAGAUCCGCGGAGCCGCCCGCAGCCGGCACCUGCCCUGCAAGCUCACAGGCGCGGGCGGCGGAGGAAACGCGAUCGUUUUGAUACCUCCAUAUACAGAAGAAACCGCAGUAACAUCCUUGAAAACUCAACUUCAAGAAAACGGUUUCAAAGUUACAGACACUGUGGUCGGUGGUCCUGGUGUUUGUGUUAAAAUAUGAAACUACGAUUUACUUUUUUUACACUUUUUACGUUUCUAGUGGCAGAAUUAAGUAAUGCCUUUGUCUAUUUAAAAAUGUAACUGUCAAAAAUGACAUUUCAGAUGGAGUAUGAAAUGUUUUUUUUUUAUGCUUUUUUGGUAUUGAUUGUGGCUCGAAUAAUUUAUUUUCUUAAACAUUCCCUUUUUUGUGAUAAGGUUAUUCGUAAAGUUUUUAGGUUGGUUUUAGUAAUUUUCUUAGACUUUACAAGUUGUAUUUAAGCAUAAUAAUAUACAUGAACGCAUAAUAUCGUAAUAAAAGCUUUUAUGUA